AUGCUAGUUCUUUCUCAGCAUUUUCUCGUUCUUUCUCAGAGAGAGAGAGAGAGAGAGAGAAUUCAAUUCUUUCAAGCCCUAGAAAUUUUCAAAGAACGAAGAGAAACCUUAGCAUUUUCAGGGUCAGCGAUGGGCAGCGAGAAUCGAGCAACGACGUCGUCUUCUUCUUCGUCGAAUUCGAGCGCGUUCUCCUUCAUAUCCAAAGGUUGGCGAGAGGUUCGUGACUCGGCGGACGCGGAUAUCCAACUCAUGCGCCACCGAGCCAACUCGUUCAAGAACUUAGCGACGUCGUUCGACCGAGAGCUUGAGAAUUUUAUCAACUCGGCUUCGAAUUCGUUUUCUGUGUCGGCGAUUCGAUCGCCUCCGGCGGAGAUCGAUUUCGUGAAGAGGCUCCAGCCGAAGCUCUCGGAGUUCCGGCGGGCGUACUCGUCGCCGGAUUUCAGCAAGAAGGUUCUGGAGAAGUGGACUCCGAGGUCGCGGCUUCGGAUCGAUUUGUCGGCGAUAAGGAACGCGAUUGUGGCGGAGGUGGAGGAUGGGGAUGGAGUUGUUGAUUUCAAUAGGGUUAGGAAGAGGAACGUGGUGAGUUUCAGAGAGUUUUGGGGGGUGUGGAAGAGUGAGGUUGAAGGAGACGAAGCAGCACAGUCUAGCGAUUGGGAGCCAAUUCGUGUGUUGAAGACGAGACUCAGAGAGUUCGAGAAGCGAAGCUCUUCGGCCGAGAUUUUCGGUGGGUUGAAGAACAGUGAGUUUGUGGAGAAAUUGAAGUCAAGCUUGAAAGCAAUGUGCAAGGAGUCUCAGGAAUCAAAGGAGGUUCCACCACUUGAUGUGCCAGAACUUUUGGCAUAUUUUGUAAGGCAAUCUGGUCCAUUUUUGGAUCAACUUGGUGUUAAAAAAGAUAUAUGCGAUAAGAUAGUGGAAAGCUUGUGUAGCAAACGCAAGAACCAACUUUUACGGCACUCUUCAUCUGCUGGGGAAUCCUCUGUUAUAGGGAAUGAUAACAUUAAUGAUGAAUUGGAUUUGAGGAUAGCCAGUGUCCUCCAAAGUACAGGUCAUUGUUAUGAGGGUGGAUUUUGGACCGACCAUGCAAAGCAUGACCCAUCCAAUGGGAAAAGGCAUGUUGCCAUUGUCACAACUGCUAGUCUUCCUUGGAUGACAGGAACAGCUGUAAAUCCACUGUUUCGAGCUGCAUAUCUAGCGCAGUCUGCAAAACAAAAUGUUACCCUACUGGUUCCAUGGCUUUGUAGAUCAGAUCAAGAAAUAGUUUAUCCAAACAGUCUCACUUUUAGCUCACCAGAAGAGCAGGAAACUUAUAUACGUAACUGGCUCGAGGAAAGGAUUGGCUUUAAGGCUGAUUUUAAGAUUUCUUUUUAUCCUGGCAAGUUUUCAAAAGAAAGGAGAAGCAUAAUACCUGCCGGAGAUACUUCUCAGUUUAUCCCGUCCAAGGAUGCUGACAUUGCUAUCCUAGAAGAGCCAGAGCACCUGAAUUGGUACCAUCACGGUAAGCGUUGGACUGAUAAAUUUAACCAUGUUGUGGGCGUUGUCCACACAAAUUACUUGGAAUAUAUUAAGAGGGAGAAGAAUGGGGCCAUCCAAGCAUUCCUCGUAAAGCACAUAAACAAUUGGGUUACAAGAGCAUAUUGCCACAAGGUUCUUCGUCUUUCUGCUGCUACUCAGAAUUUACCAAAGUCUGUGAUUUGCAAUGUUCAUGGUGUGAAUCCUAAAUUUUUGAAAAUUGGAGAAAAGGUUGCUGCAGAAAGGGAACUUGGGCAGCAAGCCUUUUCAAAAGGAGCAUAUUUCUUAGGCAAGAUGGUCUGGGCAAAGGGAUAUAGGGAGUUGAUAGAUCUCUUAGCAAAGCACAAGAAUGAUCUUGAUGGCUUCAAGUUGGACGUGUAUGGGAAUGGAGAGGAUGCCCAUGAAGUUCAGAGUACAGCUAAGAGGUUGGAUCUGAAUCUCAAUUUUCUAAGAGGAAGAGACCAUGCAGAUGACUCUCUUCACGGGUACAAAGUCUUCAUAAAUCCUAGUAUUAGCGAUGUGCUCUGCACAGCUACUGCUGAGGCACUUGCAAUGGGAAAAUUUGUAGUAUGUGCGGAACACCCAUCAAAUGAAUUCUUUAGGUCAUUUCCCAACUGUUUGACUUACACAACAUCUGAGGACUUCAUUGCCAGAGUGAAAGAAGCACUAGAAAGUGAACCUCAACCUCUUACUCCUGAGGAAAGAUAUAACCUUUCAUGGGAAGCUGCCACCCAGAGAUUUAUUGAGUAUUCUGAGCUUAACAAAGUCUUGAAUAACACUGAAGAUGGUGCAAAAUUCAGCAGAAAUAAUAGAAAGAUCGUUAAGAAAUCAGUUUCAUUACCUAGUUUGAGUCAGAUAUUUGAUGGAGGGUUGGCAUUUGCCCAUUACUGUCUCACCGGGAAUGAAUUUCUUAGAAUUUGUACUGGGGCGAUCCCUGGCACACGUGACUAUGACAAGCAGCAUUGCAAAGACCUUAACCUUUUGCCUCCACAGGUAGAAAAUCCCAUCUAUGGUUGGUAAGCAGAUCAACCCAUCUGUAAGAGCGAUUCCUUGUGUAUAAUCCUUACAUUUCAUAUCUAGGAGCCUGCUUUGUUUAAUUAGUCUAAGUUUUCCUUGAUGAUGUAACCAUUUCUGUAGCACAUAUAGUUAGAUAAAUCCAAGUUUUGCAGUUUUCUCAUGUCAAUAUAGAAGACUAAUGGAAAUAGUGUAUAAACAGUUUGUAAUGAAAAAGAACUAUGCUCUGUUAGGGAAGUUGCAAUAAUGAAGAUUUUAGCUCAAGCCUGAAAAGGCUCGUUUAAUCCCUAA